CUUUGGUGGGUGGUCACCAAGUAAUUUAUGUUAAAAAUAUAUGGAAUUAACCAAAACGUCAAGAAAGAAAACGUACUUACCUACAUUAGUAGAAUAUCCGCCCGCGACCGGGUGAGCCUUGGUGGUUAAUGUCAACAUAGACGAAACUGACGUAACUUCUCACCUAUUCUUCAGCAAUAUGUAUCAACUUGAGCAGCAUAUAUGAACAUGAACGACUGCAAGCAUCUAGCAAGAAAUUUUUACAUUUAUCUUAAUAUGACAACCUCAUGUGAACGAGAAAUAGUGAAACGGAGUUGUAGCUGCGGAAGUUUGUGAUCAAAAACACUGGUCAAAACCCUGUACCAAAGGAAUAACAUCCGAUCAUCAUGCAAGACAAUGGACUUGAUACAGAGGAAGACAGAUUUAAAGACAUAUUUAAGUACUACAAAAGAAAAAAGCCUCCUCCUGAUUGCAGUCUUGUCAUUGAUGUUAAUGAAGAUUUUAAGGGAGGAAGACAAAUACCCCCAUGUUUCAUCACAGAGAAGGACCAGGAACUUGCACAAGAAAUAGGACUCUUACUACCAUCAUCCUGGAAAAUAUACUCCAUAAAUUCCCAUCCAGGUUUAUUAAUCAUCUGUAAUCCCUUCACCUGCCAAGGUCAGCUACAGUGGAUCAAGAGGUGCUUGAAAGAGUUUCCUUGUGCCACUAACAAGACCAACUUAGCCUCACAUGGCAUCCAACUGAAAGAUUCCACAUGGUGGCAACUGACACGUAUGACUGAAGGAAGAGAAAGUGGGUUACAGAAGAAGCUUCGUUGGGUGACACUUGGAUAUCACCACAACUGGGACACUAAGGAAUACAGUGAGGAUCUGCGAGGGGAAAUGCCACCCAGUUUGGUAAAAUUGUGUAGUGUUGUUUCAAAAGUUCUGGGUUUUGAAGAAUUCAGAGCUGAGGCAGCCAUCAUCAAUUAUUACCAUCAAGACUCAACACUAGCAGCACACACGGACCACUCAGAGCCAUAUGAUGCAGCUCCUCUCUUCUCAUUUAGCUUUGGGCAGAGUGCAGUCUUCCUCAUUGGAGGUCCAACAAAAGCAACAAAACCUUCAGCAAUUCAUCUUCACAGUGGUGAUGUAAUGGUCAUGUCAGGAACUUCACGUCAAGCAUAUCAUGCUGUCCCGAGAAUAGUUCUGGUUGAAGAGGAACCUUGGAAUGCAGAACAGAUCAAACAAGACGAAUGUGAAGGAAAGGUAGACAUUUCUGAUAACCAAGAAAGCACCAUCAUAUGGAAUAAUGAUGUGGGAGCGAGUGGCUCUUCAGAGGGAAGUGUUUCAAAAGUAGUAAUCCUUAAUGAAGAAUGCCUAGUUAAAGAAAGUACAUGGAAUAAAAACUUUGUUUUCAAUAAAGACAAAACUGUUUCACAUGUCAAAAGAAGAAAAUGUGAAGAUGUGAGUAACAGUAGUGAUAUUGUAGACUUGUUAAAUUAUGUCAAAAGUAAUAGAAUCAAUAUGAAUGUGAGGCAGGUACUAAUGCCUUCCAUGCACAGUCUACCCAGAUAGCUAAUCUAUAUUUUCCCUCGGUAUAAAAUACAGUACUGUACUGUGUUUAAUGGUUGACGCUGAAAGUAAGUGCAGUAUGUAUUGUACAUAAAUAGUAGUGUUUUUCUGAGAUAUCCUUUUUGCUUAAAUUUUUUUAUCCCAGAACUGUUGUCUGUCCAACACUAACUUUGUGCCAGAUAUCCAGACAAAUUACUUCUAGUAUUGUAUAAUGCAAUUUAGAUAAAAUAAUUGUUGGUUUAAUUUUUAAUAUUACUACCCAGAAGUUUUCUAUUGAGAGUCUGCCGCUGUUAUCUGUAGUAAGAGUUUGAAAAAGAUUGUUUUCAGUUCUAAUUUAUAAUGGAUUUAAAAAAUAUGUAUAUAUUUUUUUUGGAGUACCGCUUAAUCAAAAUUCUAGGGGGAACCUUCCUGAGUUUUAUAAAUGAAUGCUGGAAUUACCCAAAAGAUUAUCACUUUUUAAUUGUCUCAAGUUAGUCAAUAUCAGUUGACAUAUUGAGGUGGUUUGUUGCUUUUAUUUACUAGUUAAGUAUUAUAAUACCAACUUUUUGUACUGCUGUAUAAUAAAAUACAAAGCUAAACAUU